GCCUCACCUCUCUUACCUUAUUGCAGUGUCACCAUGUCUGACCGGAAGGCAGUGAUCAAGAACGCAGACAUGUCUGAGGACAUGCAACAGGAUGCUGUUGACUGUGCCACGCAGGCCAUGGAGAAGUACAACAUAGAGAAGGACAUUGCUGCCUAUAUCAAGAAGGAAUUUGACAAGAAAUAUAAUCCUACCUGGCAUUGUAUUGUGGGCCGAAAUUUUGGCAGCUACGUCACACAUGAGACAAAGCACUUCAUCUAUUUUUACUUGGGUCAAGUUGCAAUCCUCCUCUUCAAGUCAGGCUAGGUGGCCAUGAUGAAGGUGUCAGUGGCGGCGGCAGCGAUGGCAAGCAGGCGGCGUUGCUGGGACUGUUUUGCACUGGGGCCAGCAUCAGGAUGUCCUCUCCAAUGGCUGUGCUACUGCAUGGACUGUAUACUCGAUUUCAUGUGUAUGUCGCAGUAAACAAAACCAAACUUCUUUCUGUUUAGUUGCCUGGGGAAGAAGGCUGCUUUACGUUUAUUUUUCGAGAUUUAAAAAAAGUUUUUUUUUUUUUUGUUUUUUUUUUUUUUGGUUGUAUUGCACUAGGAAUCUCUCCCGCCCCCUCCUUUUUCUCUUUCUCUCCCUAUACAAAAUAAAAUUUCCUCAACAAAGUCUCAAAGACUAGGAAGGCUGAGGAAAAGAAACAGAUAUCUGGAGGUAAAAGUAACUGCAGUUGCCUCUCCUGGUGGUGGAUUCUGUUUUAGGAGGGCCGGGGAGGCUGCUGGAAGACUGCAUUAGGAUUGAUCAGAGGAGAGAGUGGUAGGAAGGAGGAUGGGGGGAAUUGAUCUAGUACCAGGGAAAAUAUUCCACUGAACUGUGAUUUUACGGCUUAGGGCAGGGUGUGGGGUGGGGGUGGUUUCUUUUAAGGGGCCCUGCAAUGUGUUCCUCUGUGGUGUGUGGGAGUGGGGAGCAGACUUGUCUUGCUGUCUUUGUCAGGAUUUCUAAGUAAGGGCUGUGUCUUCGUGGAUUACCUUUUCUUCCUGCCAGAGAUCACACUAGGAAGAUGUUGGGGAUAGAUUUAGCUUGAUUAGUUUUCUUUAUUCUCUUUUGUCUGCUCUCUGCUUAACCCUUGGUUUUUUCAUUCCUCUGGAGUUCUCUUAAAGCAGCCCCUGUUGUUAGUUGGCUGGCAAGGGAAUUUCUGAUGACUGUAGUUCCUUAGUUAGGUCUUAGCAGUCAAACCAAAUCAAUGUUUCCCUUCUUUAUGUCUCUGCGCGUAUGUGUGUGUGUAUGUAUCUGUAUCUGUGUAUGUGUGUAUGUGGGUCUGGGGUAGAGGGGAGGGAGGGGGCAGAAAAGGUGGCAUCUCUAGGGUAUAUAGGUAGGUAGGGGACACGGUUAGUUAUAAGUGAGCCUUUUGGUAUGUCUGUUGUGGGAUGAAGACAAGUGUUACCAUCUACCACCCCCCACCCCCACACACCCUCCCAGUCAUCUAGCUCAGAUUUGCUGCCCUAUUUGGUUGCCUGCUCCCUGAGAAAGCUUUGGGACAAGAUGGCCAUGCUGCCAUCUGCCCUAGAGCUGGGUCUCAGUGGAGGGGAAAAGUGACUUUGUGGAUGGUUACAGUCUCUUAUGGGGAAGUAGAUGGAAGUAAUAAAGGGCAGAGAAGAGCUUCGGUGGAACUUCAGAGGAGGUGAGUCUUGCAGUGAUGAAGUCCGACAUAUUAGAAGAUAGUGAAGCUGAGUGGGAGGAGAUUCCAGGGAGGAUGCAACGGAUGACCUGGGAAUGGGAUAGGGUUGUCAUUGCUGAUUGAGCUGCUGAUUCUGAUGAAUCACAUUCAAAACUCAUCUGUAGGUUUGACAUUGGGGGGUUGGGGUUGGGGUAUCUAGCUCAUUUUUUUUUCCAGUCCAUUCUUGGGGUUAGGAGGAGGCAGAAGAAUGUCCCCUCCCCAAGUUCUUUAGUGUAUGCUGAGCCUUCUUUUUAAUGCUAUCAGGAGCGGGUGGGAACUAGGGCGGUGACUGAGUUCCCUAUUCAAGCCCUUGAGUGGGUACAAGAGUGUUUGAUUUUAGGUUUUAUUUUUUUAUGAAUGUCCAAAUCUGUUUCUCCCUGCCCUCCCAAACUUUGUGUGGCCAGUUGGAAGUGUCUGGUUUGUGUUCAUUUCUCCAUUUCUGGAGCAGGGACUGAGACCCUGCUACAUCUCCUAUGCUCUGCAUCCACGCCUCUUUUGGACAUUAAAGGUCGAUUGAUGCACCUCUGAA